AUGAGCUCCUUACAGUGUCCGUCUUGGAGACCACUGCCACUGAAGGUGUUGUGUAUGUUCUACUCAACCAUGUGCCUGAUCAGCAGUCCGCUUUGCUCAGAGGCAGCCAAACUCCGCUGUGGCUCAGAGCUCAUCAAUGACCUUCUGUUCGUGUGUGGUGAUCGUGGACUCUAUCUAGCUAAAGGCACAUGGUCUGGUUAUGGUUCUCGGCCGAGAGGGAAGGGCAUCGUGGACAAAUGCUGCCGCUCAAAUGGCUGUGACCUGCAUCAUCUGGAGAUUUACUGUGCAAAGGCAAAGAAACAACAGCAGACGACAUCGUGGCCUAGCACAAGCACGGAACCCCUCACUAAAAAACAAACAGACGUGGCCUAUCAGUUCCAAGCUGUAUUUCAGAAAAGACUUUUACAGCACCUGGGGCCACCCGACAGUCCAAAGAGGGAGGCUUAUAGGAACAAAACAAAGCCUUCAUUCCCAAAGAAAACACCAUCACGCAGGAAGAUGAACCGGCCGCUCGCCAGUAAAGCCCCCUCCAUGGCCACUACAAGGACAAACCUUUGA